CUCUCUCUCGCUCCCUUUCCCGGUCGUCUCCUCCCUCUCCUGCGCUUCUCCCUCCUCUUUCCCUUCCCCCAGAGGAGCUGCCGGAGGAGGCCGGCAGACAGGCGCGGCGCGGCGCUCCUCUUCUGUUCUCUUGGGCUGUUUGUUCGGCCCGGCCCGGCCGUCGCAGCUGCGGAAGGAAAACAGACCCCCCUCGCUCUUCGAGGCGAGAAGCAAUCAUGAGCGGCGGGGAGGUGGUCUGCCAGGGCUGGCUCCGAAAGUCUCCCCCGGAGAAGAAGUUAAAGCGCUAUGCAUGGAAGAGAAGAUGGUUUGUGCUCCGCAGUGGUCGGUUGACAGGAGAUCCAGAUGUAUUGGAAUACUACAAAAAUGACCACACCAAGAAACCAAUUCGUAUCAUUGACUUGAAUUUGUGUCAACAAGUGGAUGCUGGAUUGACAUUUAACAAAAAAGAGUUUGAAAACAGCUAUAUUUUUGACAUAAAUACAAUAGACAGAGUCUUCUAUUUAGUUGCCGACAGUGAAGAGGAGAUGAAUAAGUGGGUUCGAUGUAUUUGUGAUAUCUGUGGGUUCAAUCCUACUGAUGAUGAUGCUGUGAAGCCACCAGGCAAUUCUUUGCCGGCAUCAGCCGAAUUACCUUUAGCAGUCAGUACUUCCCUACCAUCUGUACAAGCCGAGCCAUCCCUACCUCCUCCAUAUCAGUUAAUUAAUAUCCCACCAUUAGAAUCUGCCUCCAGUCAUGAAGAUCCACAAGAUUACCUGUUACUAGUCAAUUGUCAAAGUAAGAAGCCUGAACCAACAAGGUUGUCAGCUGAUACAGCAAAAUCUGCCUGUUCUGAAACAGAUUGUAAUGAUAAUGUGCCUUCCCAUAAAAGUUCUGUGCAAUCGCUAAACAAGCACACAGUGAAUGGAUAUUUUCAGCAACAUAGUGUAUAUGAUUCUCCCACAUCAAGAGCUGCUUCGGUGUCAGUAGAUGGCAGUCUUUAUAAUCUACCAAGGAGUUAUUCUCAAGAUGUUUUACCAAAGGCAUCUCCUUCUGGAACUGAUAUAGAUGGAGAGCAACAUGUUUUUAGCACUCCAUCUGCAACCUCUUCUCUUGAUAUACAGAUGAGGCAUUUCUCCCUUAGUUAUGACAUUCCCUCAACACCUGGAAGUACGUACCAAAUUCCACGAACUUUUCCAGAAAGUUCAUUGACUCAAGGUUCAAAGCUAGAGACUAUUCCAGAUGUUCCUCCACCACGUCCUCCAAAGCCUCAUCAUGCUUCAGAUCGCUCUCCGGUGGAGGCGUGUAGCAUUGCACGUACUGCCUCAGAUACUGAUAACAGUUACUGCAUCCCUACAAGUGGCUUGCUCCCAUCUCGCAGCAACACAAUUUCCACCAUGGAUAUGAAUAUAUUUCGCAAAGACCUUGGUUCUCAAGACUGCUAUUUUGUUCCACGAACAUUUCCAAAUGAUAGAUCAAGCUCACUGGAAGGCUUCCAUAACCACUUUAAAAAUAAAAGUCUAUUGACUGUUGGAAGUGUUUCCAGUGAAGAACUGGAUGAAAAUUAUGUUCCCAUGAACCCCAACUCUCCUCCACGUCACCAUUCUGGCAGUUUUACUGAACCCAUCCAAGAAAUGACGAACUAUGUGCCAAUGACUCCUGGCACGUUUGAUUUUUCACUAUUUGGAAUGCAAGUGCCUCCACCAGCACACAUGGGAUUUAGAUCUAGUCCAAAGACCCCUCCUAGAAGGCCAGUCCCUGCAGCAGAAUGUGAACCUCCUCCAGUGGACAGGAACCUGAAGCCAGACCGGAAAGGUCAAAGCCCUAAAAUUUUAAGACCUAAACCUCAUGGUUUAGAGCGAACAGAUUCACAAACCAUAGGUGAAUUUACAACAAGGAGAAAGGUUAAACCAGCACCACUAGAAAUUAAACCUUUAUCAGAAUGGGAUGAAUUGCCAGCUCCAGUUAGAUCUCCAAUUACCAGAAGUUUUACACGAGAUUCUUCCAGGUUCCCAUUAUCUCCCCGGCCAGAUUCAAUUCAUAGUACAACUUCUAGCAGUGAUUCGCACGACAGUGACGAGAAUUAUGUACCCAUGAAUCCAAAUCAGUCCACUGAUGAUCCAGGUUUGUUCGGCAGCAGCAGCCUUGAUGGGGGAAGCAGCCCUAUGGUAAAACCUAAAGGUGACAAGCAGGUGGAAUAUUUAGACCUGGAUUUAGAUUCUGGAAAAUCUACUCCACCUCGCAAGAAAAAGAGUAGUGUUUCUGGCGGUAGUGUGGCUGAUGAGAGAGUCGAUUAUGUUGUUGUUGACCAACAAAAAACAUUAGCAUUGAAGAGUACAAGAGAAGCUUGGACAGAUGGAAGGCAAUCAACAGAGUCUGAAACACCAACAAAAAGUGUGAAAUGAAAAUAAAUUUUUUGACGUCCUGUUUAAAUAUUCUUAAAGAGAGCCACCAUUAACUGAGAGAGAAGAAUACUUCAAUGAAUUAUUUUUCUUCAAAUAUUUCAAUAUCAAGCUGAUGACAACAUGGAAUAAAACAGUAGCCUAUGGCAAAUCUUAGUGAUUUUCAUGAUGUAAAAUAGUGUAUCUUGGGUCUGAGAAAAACAUUUUGAUCUGGAAUUAACUAUUUGAUAGUAUUACAAUGUUGUAUGCACUUUUUCCUUGUUAAAAUGGUGGUUCAGCUUUCUCCACCUAAUGUACUUUUAACAUCCUCCUUUCUCCCCCUGACACUACUAUAUAACAUUCUAGGAAGUAAGCUAUGUGUAUGAUAUUGAAAUUAAGGUCUGAGGUGCAUUUUAAUAGCUCAAAGAUCAAUUAGAAAAAAUAGUUUCACAAUUUUAAUCUACUUGAACUGUCAAAAGAUGAUUUGUUAAAUGCCUAUGUUUUAUAUUUAAUACAUGCAAAGAAUAUUUCAAACUCUACAGCAGUGGUUCUCAACCUGUGGGUAGGGAACUCUUUGGGGGUCGAAUGACCCUUUCACAGAUGGUCUUAG